AUGUCGCUAAAACCCUGGUGGCGCGGCCCCGCGGGGGGCGCGGCGUUGGCUGCCCCGGCUCCCGGGCCGGGCAGUGGGAGCACGGGGCCUCGUGUCUACUUCCAGAGCCCCCCCGGGGCGGCCGGCGAAGGCCCGGGGGGCGCGGAUGAUGAUGGCCCCGUGAGACGGCAAGGGAAGGUCACCGUCAAGUACGACCGCAAGGAGCUACGAAAGCGCCUCAACCUGGAGGAGUGGAUCUUAGAACAGCUCACGCGUCUCUACGACUGCCAGGAGGAGGAGAUCCCAGAGCUGGAGAUAGAUGUGGAUGAACUCUUGGACAUGGAAAGCGAUGAUACCCGGGCUGCUAGAGUGAAGGAGCUGUUAGUUGACUGUUACAAACCCACUGAGGCCUUCAUCUCUGGCCUGCUGGACAAGAUCCGGGGCAUGCAGAAGCUGAGCACACCCCAGAAGAAGUAAGGGUCCUGACCCAGAUGACCAUGGCUCCCACAGGACAAUCGCUGCCCCCAACCUCGUAGCAACAGCAAUACCAGGGGACCCUGAGGCCAGGCCUGGUGCCAUGAGCAGGGAUCCCUGUGCCCCUGCCUAGGGGCCACUUCCCUUGCCCUCUGUUUUCCAUUUUUGGGUUUUUUUAUUGUUAUUAAACUGAUGGGACUUU